AUGAGACUGCGGCUCACUGUUGAGCGUCAUGCUCUCCCGUCAACGAAUAUCAUCUGGCACAUCGAAAAAACCUCUGCACCGACGAUUCACUUUCUGCUGGAGAAGGUCAAUGAAGUUAUCCCAAUCGAAUCGGCGGAUCAGUGGGGCCUGGAGGAUUAUGCUGUUGAGUUGAAGGGUAGCAAUGGCGUGAAUUUCGAAUGUUUGCAUUUUCAGGAAGUUUUCAAAGUAUUCAAGGAGGAUGAUGAAGUAAUGUAUGUGCAAAAAUAUCAGAUCCAGUCCUCGCCAUAGCUAAAUGUACACUGCAGUAUCCGACCACUCCUCACCAGAGACCUCAAAGUCCGAAGGAUAUCAGGCCGACAUCAAAUAUCAGAAGAUGGGAAACGACUCUACGAUGGAUUGGCAUUCGGUCGCCCACUACUCAAAGCUCCUUCUGGUCGACCAGAUAUCAAAAUACCACCCCGUAAGCGUGCCAAACUUAUGAUCGUCGAAGACGCAGACCACGAUGAUGAUGACCACGAAGAGAAUACCGAACGUCAAAUGGUUCUUCAUGCGGAUUUCGAGGGCAUCGAUUCUGAUCCUGACGACAAUGAGGACUUCACCCCUACACAAGGCGAUGAGGAUAUGGCAGAUGACGAUGAAGCAGACGACGAGGACUUGGACGAGGAGUCAUCAUCGGAAUCAGGGGACGACUGCAGCGACGAAGAUGAUGAUUCUAUAUCAGAUGAACUCAAGGGCUUACAGGAGGAAACUGAAGAGGCAAAGCGCAGUCAGCCAAAACAGGAAGAAGCAGAAUCCGAGUCUCAAUCUGAAUCUGAGGACGAUAUUUCCAAUCACGAUGGUUCUACCACGGGCAAAUCCAAGGAUGGCAGGGAAGAGGAAAAAGAGGACAUUGUAGAUCAUCGAGAUCCAGACGUUUAUGAUGAAACUCUUUGGCAGAUACCCGAUGAGAAAGAUCGUGCCAACAUUCGUAAGUUGAAUGCAACUUUCCCAGAAUCUCCAAUCGGGGUCUGCGCACAUCUUUUCCGUGAAGCUAAAAAAGAUAUGGAACUUUGUUGGAAUGCUUUGUUGUCCAAUUUCAAACCUGUUGUAUCUAAGAGUGUCUUUACUAAAAGUCUCCAAGAGCAAAAUAAUAUGGCAGUGUCACCAGUCCAAUCGAAUCCGAAGAAGAGAUCUGCUCAAGUUCUUGAAGAUGAUGAUGGUGACAGUGCUAGCGAUGGUGAAGAAGAAGAAGAAGAAAUUGUUCUCCGGUAUGAUCAGCAAGGCUUUCCACCUGGCUCAAUCUCUACCGGAAAGGACCAAGAUAAGAACUCUCCAAGGCGCCCCCUCAAAUUUCCUUCAACAGACGAAGUACUCUCAAAUGGUCUCACUUCUACUCCAUUCAUCGAUCAAGAAUCGGUUCAAGAGAAAAUAAUGAGCUCCAGCGACACUUCCAGCAGCGGUUUUAGUGGCUCUAGCGACGAAGAGGAUCUGGAUCACGCUAGCAAGAAUGAUAAAAUGGAGGUCGACGAUGAUGACACAAGCACAAGCGGGAGUGAUUCUUCGGGGAGCGAUUCCGAUUCCAGCGAAAACUCCGACGCAGAAGAAGAAUCAAACGAGUCAGUAGGCCCAAAAAAGCACAGCAAAGCGCAUUCAGCCUGCUCCGAUGAGUCUACAACAUCUGCGUCUGGGAGUGAUAGCAGCUCGGACGAAUCCAGUGAUCCAAGCGAUUCCAGUGAUUCCAGCGAUGAUGAAGAUGAUACCCCAGAGGAGGUCACAAGCAAGUCUACGCCUCCCGUUGUUCCAGGCAAGUCUACGCCUCCCGUUGUUCCAGGCAAGCCUACGCAUCAGAAUGGUUCAACAAGUCAAGUAGCACCUGGUACAGGUAAAUCAAACACCCAGGCACGAAACAAUCGCAGGAGAAAGAAAAAUGCGUAUGAUAGAUACUUGAAGAAGGGCAUACUACCGGCUGGAACUACGUUCGAUGAGUUCAGUAAAAGCGAUGUCACCGAGAAGAUGACACCCGAAGAGGUUGAAGAACGACUGCUGUCUGUGAAAUCAAGAGACGAAGUCAUCACCAAAAAUCAAGCUAUUUCAAAAUCUGAGGAAUUUAACAUACAGAAACAGAAAUUGCUUGACUCCCUGGCUACCGGUGGUAUAGAAGUCAGCAUAUUAUCUUCCGAUUCUCCACAAAUACCGAAAGCUUCCACGGCGUCUUCUACCGCGUCCGGAACGCAUCAACCACCUUUACCAUUGCAGAAGCCGACUGUUGCCAGCGCAGAAGCUCUCGAUACACGUCCAUCGACUGCACCUGAGAGCACAGCAGAUGCCCAAGAAUCACCCAAAGUCUCACCGGCCUCUAUUGACUCAUCUCAAAUUAAACCAGAGCCAGCACGCCGAGCAAAACUGGAUCUUGGCGCUGGACGAAGAAUGCUCUUUCAGGCAAUGGGAUUGAAAAAUCCCAAAACUAAGGAUGAUGAGGAUAAGCUACGCAAACAUCUCAUGAAAGACAUCAAGCCUCUCAAGCCUGCAAAGACUUGUGAGGUUCCAAUCUCUACAUCCCUCGAUGAUAUCGAAAAUGAAGAUCCAGAGGCAUGGAGAGAGAAAAUCAACUAUCGCGCGGUUGAAUGCUGUCAAGAAGAUGUUGAGUUGAGCGAGCCACCAUUUCCUUUCAAACAAAGAUGGGAUCCCCAACAACAAAGUUCCUGGUCGCAAGGCGGCAAGCGAAAGAAAAACCAACGAGAUGAGCCCCAAUAUUAUCAAGAUGCAUAUACAUCCAAGAAUCAAAAACGUCGCAAAGGAAAACAUAACUAUGCCGAAGAGCAAGAGUUUCUUGAUGCUACAUACGAGCCAAGUUAUCAAGAGGAUUCGAUGAUGACCCAGGAUUACGAUAAGACACAGUUGACAGGCAUUGAUGACGAUGAUGAAAUCGAUCGCCAGCUAUUGGAUAAUAUGGAAAGUCAAGCUCCUGAUGACUUGAUGUCUCUACCAGGAGAUAUGUCAUCGCUUGCGGAUCUCCUAGAUGGUGAUGCGAAACCAGGCAUGAUAAUUGCAUUCAAGAUCAUGGAAUGUUCCGCUGCGACCAAUUGGAAUCCGGAAAUAACCCCAUACAAAACUGCCGUCGUUAUCGAAAUUUUGCAGGAUGGCUCGCUUGAGGUUGCCCUUGCGAUCAGGGAUCGAACAAAGCAACAAUUUGACGAGACAGGUGCUAGAGUAUACGACCCAUUCUUGGUAGUGGAUGAGGACGUUGGUGACGAAGACGCUGAGGAUGACGGGCGGCGGAACUUCAAAUACCAGGAACUUAUCGAGCCCAAGGUUGUCGAUUUUUCUUCAGCUAUUGACCAGGAGAAGGAAAUUGCGGAUGGAAUCCCCCAGCAAAAAGACGGCCCUAGUGCUGAUGAAUCCGACACCCUAAGCCACGAGCGACCAAGCAAUGACGAGGAAGUUCCUGAAGCGCAAUUAUCUCAUGUCCCUGAGACGGUCCUGGAUUCCGAUGCACCGGAGCCCAACGCUGUACAAGAAACCGAUGCAAAUAACACGGAGGGUGAUAACAAGGGACCACUAAGCUCAAUCAUCGAAAAUGAACUUGACACGAGACCAGAUAUUGUCGAGGAACAUGAGCCUGUUAUCCCCGAGCCCGAGGAUCAGAGCACACCAAUUCCAGAGAAUGCGAAUGAAGAACAAGAACAAACGGGGGAAAGCUUGGUAACUUCAGGGCCACGAUUUUCUGAGGAGGCUUCAUUAUCUAUACCGGAUGCCCAAGUCAUGCCAGUCUUCGAGACUGUCGCUGAAGAACAGGCUGAGAUACAUACGACUAUAACAGGACCAGCUUCUCUUCAAGAUGCCGAUAUCCCAGAUGCCCAACCGAUGAUUUCGGAAUCGCAAGACACGCCAACUCACGAAUCAACCACGCAUACCCAAAUGGAAGUAGAUAACACUGUCAUCUCCGAGGCAGUAGUCUCUGGGCCCACGGAGCAUGACACAGUAAUACCAACUAUCGACACUCAAACUUUAGAUGUAGUCUUUACCGAUUCAGCGCCGCACGCUCAGAUCGACACAGUUCGCAUGGAUACAGAACCUGAGGUUGCCCCGCCUUCCGAUGUUCCAGAGUCUAUGCAAACAGAAACUGCAGAAUCGAAAAUCUUGAAUGCACCAAAAUCCGACAUUCAGAUUCUGGAGGCAUCCUCCGAGCUCAAGGUUGCGGGCUUAACCAUUCCUUCCAACCCAAUACCUUUGACCCCCGAGAAACAAAUCAUCAAUGGCCCGGAGGACGUUUCCACGGAAAAUAGGCGAACAAUCUCACACUUGAUUAGCGAGGCAGGAUUUAGAGACUCAAUUUCAUCAUCCGUUCUCAGACAGAUUAGUCCUGGAAACAUUGAAACACCAGAUGCAAUUGUUUUUGAUAGACUCAAAAAGGUCAUGUCUGAAACGGAACAGGAACGACCGUACUCUCUUGAAUUUCACGGCUUUGGUAGCUCUCCAUCAAGACAGCAAGAGCGACCUCAAACACCAAUUCAAGAAGAAGAUGCGAACUCUCCAAAGCCUGCUCAACAUUCGCCUCAGCUUUUUGUUUCGCCACCCUCAAACCCGCCAGUUCUUUCCGCAGAUGAUGGCAAUGAUUCCGACUGGGAAAGUGUCGAUGACAGCGGGGAACAAGAAGAAGAGGACGAUGUCGAAGUUGAUACUUCAACGAAGCCGACUCAGGAAAACGUGGUUCAAGAAGCAAUGGAAGUUGACGAAGAAAUUCCCCGACCCGAGUUUGCAGUGCAAGUACAAGAAAGUCGGCAACAGACCGCUCAGUCUGAGGAAUCAGAACAGCUUCCAGACACUAUAGAAAACCCGACACCAGUCAUUCAACACGAGGAGGCACCAAAGGCGCUGAUUCAACCUACAGAAGUACCCCGAUCAAAUACAGAGACAGAACCAUCUGAUACUGCAAAUCCUGGAGUUGAACCAGCUGGAUCUCCCGCCAGAGCCGUGGAACCGCCGUCGCCCGUGAAGGUAUCGAAGCCAAAAUCUCCAUCGCGAACCACCAAGUCUAAGUCUCCGGUCCCAAGAGCUGAACCGAGAUCUCCGAGCAGAGGAGUUGGAAAACGCAAGUCAUUCACAAUGAGACGCAUGCCGCAACCAAAAGCCGCUUUGCUUUGGGAAAUGAUGGAACCCGAAGCGUUGAAAGCCCGCGGCAGAAAAACUCAAAGCCCUGCGCUCGAAGCCUCAGAACUACGAGAUAGCGUUGAGAGCUUCAAAGUGGCCAAGGCCGCUACAGUGGAACCAAAUGACACAGCUCUGCCUCCAAGAAAAGAGCCUCGUCAAAUGUCAGUCUCAAAGAAAGGGCCAACAUCUGGACAGAAUACGAACACGAAAAGCAGACCGGCUGCUGGUAAAGCACCGAUAGAUUACGACUCUUCUGACUCCGAGUUUCCUUCGUUGAGACGAUUGACUCAAAAUCGGCCAAAGCAGGAGAAGAUGGAAGUGUGCUCCCAACCACUUCCAGAGAGAGAGAAAAUCGCCCCUGUACGAGCAAGACCCAUCAUCAAGAAAGAGCCUACCCGAGAAGUAUCCGAUGACUCUGACGAAUCAACCACCAAAGCUGCGAAGAAGCAAACCUCUUUCAGUCGUCGCUCCGAAAGCUCAAAACCGCCCAGUCGUGCAUCGAAAGCUGGACCCUUCUCAUCUCAGCCACAGCGGCAAGUUUCCGUUAGUAGCCAUUCGCAGAGUUCCAAGUUUUCUUCUAGUAAACCUCCACCAAAAUCCGCGUCUCAAUCUCAAGGUUCACAACGUCCGGCAUUCUCGAGUUCGCAGCCGCCAAGUCAGAUGAUUGAUCUUACGCUCUCGAGUGAUGUCGAGCCUUCUCCUCCUAAGAAGCAGUUCCGGAAGCCUGUGUUGUCUGAUGAUGAUGAGCUCCCGAGAAAUGCUGGCAAGUCGUCGAUUUUUCGGAAAGGAAGUGGUGGUAGUGGGAAUGGGUUGAAGAGUUCUUCACAGAGUCAUCUUAAUAGGAAGAAUGCUGGUAGAUGA